AUGCAGGGUUCCAGAGUCCAAGCUGUGUUUACUAUUAUAAUAUCAGAUCCCAAAAUUGAUUGUGGGGUUAAUGGUUCUCUGGUCUUAUUUAAACGUAAGUAAACGGGGGAACACAGCACAUUGCUAUAUUAUUCGAAACUGGCUUGCUUAUUUCAGCCUCCAUCUAUCAUGUUUGACAUUCACAAACACGCUGAUUUUUUUCUCCUCCUCUGCUUUCAUGUCUCCCAUACAGAUUACAUUUAAACAGAAUAUUUCCUUCAUUCUUACUGGGUACUAGAUGGCAGGUGCAGCCUUAGGAGCUCACAGUACAGCCUUAUGUGUGUUUACUUGCAGGUAAAUGCUGCUGUGUUUAAUUAGACCUAUUCAUACUUACUGUGGAUGCAGCCCUGUCUACUCUUGGGUUGAAGAACCUACUCUAAGAAAAGAAAAAGAAAGAGGUCUAGUUAAGGGAGGAAAAGUUAUAUUGCCCUAUGUCUUUGACUUAAGCCAAGAGUCUUCAACUAUUUAGAGCCUGGGGAUUGUUUACAUUUGUAAAUCUAAUAAACUGUCAUGGGUACCAAAUAAUGCCUAUUUCACAGAAGAAAAAUGAACCCUCAUGUGUGCUGUGUUCGGUCCACUAAAAGGUAAAGGGACCCCUGACUGUUAGAUCCAGUCGCGGACAACUCAUCUCGGUUUACAAGCUGAGGGAGCUGGCGUUUGUCCACAGACAGUUUUUCCGGGUCAUGUGGCCAGCAUGACUAAGCUGCUUCUGGUGAAACAGAGCAGUGCACGGAAACACUGUUUACCUUCCUGCCGGAGUGGUACCUAUUUAUCUACUUGCACUUGGAUGUGCUUUCAAACUGCUAGGUUGGCAGGAGCAGAGACCAAGCAAUGGGAGGUCACCCCAUCACGGGGAUUCGAACCACCAACCUUCUGAUCGGCAAGCUUUGUGGUUUAGACCACAACUAACUAUGGAAGGGCAACUUCAAGGUUCUUGCACAUGUUUCUUAUGUAUCUUUAUAUUUAACCUGGAUUUGGAUCAGACUAACAAGAGAAAUAAUUUUGAUUCAGUUAAUACUUAAAACCAGUUUUAUCAAAUUCACACUUUCCAAAACAAUAUGGGAACUGAAACACAGCCAUCUUUUAAAAUUUGCACCAAUCCAAAAUUCGCCAUGCAGUUCUCUAAGCAAAGAAUGUUUACAAAAAUACAUAGAUUAGAGGGAAGUGUGCUUAGAAAUGAACACAUUGAUGAAGAUAACACAGAAAUGUGUCAGGUGCCAUUUGCACGAAGAAGCGGAAUGAUUUUUGUGAGGUGUUUCACAAAGGAAAUUUGCAGGUUGCUGCAGAAAUAUGGAGAACUGAAUUUAAGAUUGGAAAAAUGAGAACCCGAGAGGAUUGAAAUGGACAGACCCUUCUAUUGCUAGAUCAGACAGCCCUUCAUAAAAUAGGACACACAAACAUCCUGUCUCUCACCUUUUCCCUCUGUCUGGCCAUGUGGAUCUGAACCAAAGGAAGAGGGCAAGUGGGGACAAAGAGGAGCAAUUGCAAAUAGGAGGAGGGCACUGAAGGCGUCAUUCCCCAAGGUCCUCCAAAGCUGGUGCCAGUAAAGUCUUCACAAUAGGACUUUUGUAAAGGAGGCACCAGACAGCAACAGUUUGAGGAAAGUGUUAUGAUCAAGUGGAGGUGCGGUGGGCGAGUGAGGAGAGAGAGAGAAGUGGGAGACAGGCUUUUAAAGUAAAAAAGACUCUUAUCCUCUGUUUGCUUUUCCUUUUUUUCUUGCCUUUGCAAAGAGAGUGUAAAAUGCCAUCCUACUAAUAUUGCAACAUUCUGUGGUAUCCUUGACUCAGAGUGUAAGCUGACACGUGGGCAGGAAGCUGGCAGAAAAUGGGUUCUCGAGCAUAAAUUAUAUCACAUCCUUGAUCCGUAUGACCUUGGAAUCACUGCUAAAAUUAAGUCCAAAGACUUUCUUGGCACUUGUGUCUGCCUGCUUGCAUGCAUCUUACUCCAGUCAAAUUUAGCUUGAAGGAUCUGAAUUUGAGCCUACACUGGUAUGUUAAUGCAUCACCUAAAGGCAUACAGCCCUGGGCUAUAAUUUGACUCUUUUAUGUAUAUUUCUUCAUUCUAGGGCUAUCUGAAGUUUCUCACACAAGCACCCACAGAUUACACACACACACAGACACACACUUUGGAGAUACAGAGAGAAAAGAAAUGCUUAGCAAAACAUGAAAUCUGGGAACAAUUAAAAUCAAGCCAAUGGCAGUGUCUGCAAGAUAGCUCAGCUACAAGAAGAUAACCCUCUUUGUCACUGCAGCAGCCCUGUUUAUUCUCCCCACCAAUUAAAAAAAUAAAAUAAAAUAAAAGUAAGCAUUGUUAUGCCGCAUACAUCUUAAUACUUCUAAUCUUCUGACUAGCAGAGCAAAAAAUUAAUAUCACCCUGCCCCAGUGAAGGGAAAACAGAGAAGAGCCUCCAGGAGAAGGAAGCAAGAUGAAGAAAAGACUAUGCAGAAUAGCAUGGUCCCAGGGACAUAUCUGCAUAGUUGCACACAUAAAGAGACAAAUGUUUCGGGAGAAUGCUUGCAUAAAUAUUGUCAGGGGGUCCGAAAUUAGAAGAUAUCUGAAAGACCACCACUGAUCUUCCUCCACAAUGUAUGGCAUUUAAAAUUUCCAUGUAAGUUCCUAUUUUUCAGGGGCUGCUUGGCAGAUUUAUCAAUAUUUAAGGUGUUCCCUGAAGGCAGAACUCUUGUGGUAUACCAUUGCACACAUACUAAAUACAAUUCUUUGCCUAUGACCUGAUUGAAUGGCGCUGAUCAAUUUAAAUUCCUAGACGCCUUCUACCAAAAGCUUACUGAGAGACCUUGAGCUGGUCACUUGCUCUCAACCUAACCUACCUCAUAAAGUUGCUGUGAAUCAUGGACAUGCCUCAUUGAGUUUCUCGGAGGAAAGGUGGGAUAGGAAUAACACAAUACAUACAUAAAAUGCACUCCACUCCCAUCCAUGGCUCCUAGAAGCUGUCAGCAUGUAACAACAGCCACACCCAGGGAAAUGGCUUCAACUGGCCUGCUAAACCAGGUGAGGGUAGCUGAUGGGUCUCAAACCCUCAGUCAGUUAGGGACUUCCCCUGCAUUCAAAGACAGGCUCCCCUGGAUUGAGUAGACAAGUUUAAGAGGGGGUCCAAUGGUCAAGAAGGCAUUUUCUGCACAUGCUGUUAGGAAAGUGAGGGGCAGAUGGCACUCAUCAACCUGGGAAGGUAGCCCAUCUAGGAAAAGCAAAACUCAAACCUCUGCUGCCUUGUAGGAUAUAUUCAGGAGAAGAAAAGGCUAAGGAGUAAACCCAAUACAAAUCUGGAGUGCAGUCCCUAAGGUGGUUGGAUGGUGCCUUGUAGGCUUCCUUCUGGCAACUCUUGCAACCAAGCUGGUGCCAAACGCUUUGCUCUACUUUCCACUGGACCACAUUAGCAAGGCUGAUCAUCUGAGCAGACUAGGACUUCCAUACAUACUGCCCAGGCUUGCACUCCAGGGAGGUGCUCAUAAUACAUUAAUUUGACUUCACCCCUGGAGGGGCUCUCCAUUGUCUCCCAAGACAGAUGGAUACUAUUGGGGAUCAGAUGAAGCACUAAAAAGUCCCCACCACAGGUUCCUCUCCCCCUUUAAUUGAACAUAAGCAAACAAUCUUACAAAAACAAAACAAACAGGGAAGAAGAUUGUUUCUGCAGAGGAUGUUUGAGAGAAAAUCACUUUUGGCCAUAAAAUUAAUGGAAGACUUCAAGUAGGAUUUUUGGGGUGGAGCUACUUUGGCAGAGGGUCACUGGUGAUGUCCACAGCUUUCCGCAGUUACCCUGUUUUCAUCUUUUAUUGUAGGUAGUAUGCUAAUGACUGCAAUGUUCAGCAGCCUCAGUGCCAGAGAAAUGUGCAAUUUUAUUGCUUUCCCUUGGAGCCCACGCACUAAAAAGGAAGAGGAAAAUGAUGAAUUUUACAUGAUCAGAGAGAGCCAGGAUAUGUGCUGCUCUCCUUUCACAGUGCAGAGGAAGACGAGUAAACAUGGACUUUUUUGGGGUGUGUGUGUGUUAAUGCAGACCAAAACUAUGGUAUCUUUGAAUCCCUGUCUUCCAUUCCCCACCAAGGACUAAUUAUCCCCCCCCCAAUUUAAUCCCAAUUCCAGGGGGAAUUCACUUUGCUCAAUUAACUGGUCAACUGCACAUGUGGACAUAAUGAAGGUAGCCAGCUAUGCCAUUCACCUCUCCUCUCCACCAGCUCUGCACUCUUUCUUUCCUGGAUGUUUUCACUGCACCUUUCCCUGCAUACAGAGGAGCCAAGUCCUAUGGGCUGAGGUCCCUUCGCCCCCCCCCUAAAAUAUUAGAGGGAGCCUCUCCCCAAAGUUAAUGAGCAUUGCCAUUCAUAUAUAUACCGUAUUUUUCGCCCUAUAGGACUCACUUUUCCCCCUCCAAAAAUGAAGGGGAAAUGUGUGUGCAUCCUGUGGGGCGAAUGCAGGCUUUCGCUGAAGCCUGGAGAGCGAGAGGGGUUGGUACGCACCGAUCCCUCUCCCUCUCCAGGCUUCAGGAAGCUAUCCCCCCAGCCCGGCAACCUCGCCAUCGCUCUCGGACCCGUUCUGGGGGCUGGGGUCGGGGGAAGCUCGGGCUUUCCCUGCCCCCAGCCCCGCAAGCUCCGAGAGCGAUGGCGAGGUUGCGCAACCUCGCCUUCGCUCCCGGACCCCCAGCCCUAAAAAUGAAGCCGCUCACUGUCAUGGCUUCUUUGCUCUUUGGGGCUGGGGGCAAUAAAUCCCCCCCCCAAAUAAGUGCGUCCUAUGGGCCGGUGCGCCCUAUAGGGCGAAAAAUAUGGUAUAUAUAUAGAGAGAGAGAGAGAGAGAGAGAGAGAGAGAGAGAGUGUACACACACACACACUGCAUCAUGUGAUUGAUUAUUCAGGGUGGGUCUUACCUCCCCACCCCAAUAUUUUAUUCAAGCUGGCACCCUUGCCUGCAUAUAUUUCCUUGCCUGAUUCACAGCUUGAAACACUGGGGCUGGGGAGGGCAUCAAAUGCCUUUUAGCAUGGGUUCCUGGAUCCUACUCCCUUUUUUUUGGGGGGGGGUGUCACAAAGACAUAUGGGUGCAGUACAGUGCAUGAAAUGGUUUCUUGGUUUUUGGUGGGCUGGUCCCAUUCCUUCAAGCCUUGUUUCCUUUGCACAAUAGGAAAGCCUGUCAUUUAUACAAAUAUUACAGAACACACAUGGGAGCUGCAUUGCAUUUCUGCUCAUUGCAGGUCCACCUCCUUUCCUAAAUGCAAAAGCUGUGAUCUUGUGUUUUCCUGCUCAGAAUUCCAUUGAAAUCAAUUUUGUUUAAUUUUCAGGGUUUUUAAUCUGUCUGUCAUCUAUCUAUCUAUCUAUCUAUCUAUUAUAGAAAUGGAGGGGGAAGAAUAAGAUUGGUCUGUAAAAACAGAGCCUGACUUUCUAGUGUUGACACCUGCUCACAAACAGAGGCCUUGUGCACAGCAGGAUUGAUCAUCAGAAAGUUUAACAAAGGACUCAGCUACACAGCUGCAAAUAAAACAUUUUAAAUGUGUUGUAAAGUGCAAUAUACAAAUGUGACACAAGAUGGCGACAGUGAGCUAUUCAAAAUUCAAUGUAUUUUUCAAAAUGUGUGUGUGUGUUUUUAAAGCAUUUUCACAGCAUUUUUUAUGUGUGUAAACAUGGAAUCUGCGUGGCAGAAAGAGCAUCAGUAUGGUGAAUGCUGCUUAUAUUCCAGCUGAUGCAGAAUGCUUCUGCUCAUAAAAAAUGGCAGCCUUAUGAAUUUUCCACAUUUGUAAACUAAAUAGGGAUUUGCUUUGAACAGACCUUUCAACAGGCCUUUCUCGCUGCAUUUAUCUUGAUGUGCUUACAUUAGUAGAUAAUAAUGUUAAUCUCCUGGCUGUGAAAAGGUGUGUCUGCCCGUUUCUUCACAUCAAGCCACUGGUAAAAGACACAAGAACAGCCAGGUUGCUUUCUUUGGUCCAGAGUUCCCAAAACUUUGGUUUCCAGCUGUUUUUGGACUACAGUUCCCAUCACCCCUGACCACUGCUCCUGCUAGCUAGGGAUGAUGGGAGUUGUAGUCCAAAAACAGCUGGAGACUCAAGUUUGGAAACCUUGCUUUGGUCCAUUGGUAACCCUGCAGUUUGAAUAAUCUCUGAUCGUAUACAUGUAUUAAAACGUUUGUGGGUUAGAUUGUAAGGUAGUGUGUGCUUAGGUAAGAUUUAAAAAGUAAAGGAACCCUGGACAGUUAAGUCUAGUCAAAGGCGACUAUGGGGUUGUGGCGCUCAUCUCGCUUUCAGGCUGAGGGAGCCACUGUUUGUCCACAGACAGCUUUGCAGGUCUUGUGGCCAGCAUGACUAAACCACUUCUGGCUCAGUGGAACACCAUGACAGAAGCCAGAGUGCAUGGAAAUGCUGUUUACCCUCCCACAGCAGCGGUACCUAUAUAUCUACUUGCACAGGCAUGCUUUCAAACUGCUAGGUUGGCAGGAGCUGGGACAGAGUGACGGGAGCUCACACCAUCAUGGGGAUUCAAACUGCCAAGCUUCUGAUCAGCAAGCCCAAGAGGCUUGGUGGUUUAGACCACAGCGCCACCCACAUCCUUGGCAGUGAGUGCUUAGCACAAGACUCUGCUUAACUGAACAGAGAGAUGAACUUAGUUCAGGAGUGGGGAACAUUUGGCUCCCCAGAUGUUGCUGAACUACAAUUCCCAUCACUCCUGGCCUUUAGCUAUGCUUUGGUAGGGUUGAUGGGAGUUGUAAUUCAGCAAAAUUUUGGGAGCCUCUGGUUCCUCACUUAGACCUUUUACAUGCAAAUGCAAUACUUUGGGCACUUUCAGCUGUUAGAGCCAUGGAUCCUCUGUGGCAGCUGCUUCUGUUUCUUUGGGAAAGAGAGCAUUCCUUUGCCAUCACCUUUCCUGAUAGAUGCUUAUUUGUCUUUAACAUGUUAAAAAUGCAACUUCUCUUGCUACAAAGCAGCAGAGACAGGAAAAUCAAAACCGUCUCAAUGUCUAACUUUCUACAAAUUACUUGUUAAGGGCCGUCUAUCCUUCCUUGGUGGUUUGGACACCCAGUGCACGGUGAACUUAUGCAUGUUUACUCAGAAGUAAAUCCCAUUGAUUUCAAUGGGCUUUACUCCCAAAUAAGUUCUUUUGGAUUGCAUCCUGACAGCCCAAUCCUAUGCAAGUGGUAGAUGCCCCAAAGCCAGCAUGCCUAACUCUGGAGAGGGUUCAGUUGCAAGUUGCAGGCAUUUUCCGUCUCUGAUUCUUUUCCCUAUUGCUUCUAUAGAUGCACUACGAAAUGAGUCUUCCAAGAAAAGAUCAGAAAACUGCAUAAUACAUUGAAAAACAUAACAUGUUGAAGAAUGUGCCUCACAGUUAUAGAAAUCAUUCGCAUCAUUUACCAAGCAGGCUGCUACAUUGUUCAGCACUGCCUGAGCUGGCAACAGAGACCGCUGGCUUUUGUGCAAACCAAGUCUUUUGCCUCCUCCUCCCAUUCAUCUACAUCUUUUGUUUUUCACCCGCACAUACAAUUUAUUAUCGUUCUGACCCAGUAAAAGAGCAGAGGAGAUUUUCAGAUGCUGUCUCUUUUAUUGCCAUUUUGAAAUUUGUUUAUUUUGCAUUGGCAAAUAUAGAUAGAUUUAGAAAACUAAUUUCAGAAGAACUAAAGCUGGAUAGAUAUGGAGCAGGUGCUUCUGGAAUGUAGACAGGAGGGCAGUGGAAAGAUGUACAUUGAUUUCUUUCCGUUCUUCCCAAUAGGAUGCUCUUCUUUCUCCUCCUCCAGGCAUUCUCAUAGCAUUGCAAGCCUUUAGAAGAGACCCUAUUACUGCCAUCUGCUGGCUAUAAUGCAGGUAUGUCUCCAUUACGUUGUGGUUCUACCUGGCCUGAAGAAACCGCACCCCUUCCUUUCUUCUGUCCAAUCACAGUUUAGUUAAGCCUAUAUAUGAAGACUUCUGGGAGGCGUGGUCACUGUUGUUAAGACAAGAUGACAGUAGUAAAAUGGCUUUGGGCUCCUUCGGGCACAAUGCUUUUCUGGAUUAUUUGUUUGUUCGUGUCUCUUGUUCUGGGUGCUCCUAGUAGCUUUAAAGAUUUGCCAAGAUUGUGGAGCAGUAGAACACUGUAUUGUGGAAGGGACAGCUUGCACUUCACCUUACCUGCAAACCAUUCUGAGAUAAUUCACUUUCUUACUGUUCGAGGUAAGCAGAUUCUUAUCAAAGGUGCUUUUUAAAGGAGACUUUUGGGGGAUUUGGCCCUAGCGUUUCAGACAGAAGCUUUAUAUUUUCUGGUGUAUUGUGAAUUAUACCCUUUCCCUCUGCAAUUCCCUCUGACUAGACUGAGUGUGUCUAGUAGACUGAUGUGGGAUUGGGAAGAUUGGCUGUAGGCCUCUGUUCUCCAGUUUCCUCUUUAAACCCUGCUUCUUUUGGACAACCAAGCAGAGGACACCCAGCUGGCUGCUACACCAAUCAAGGCCUGUUUACAGGUGCAGCUCACACUGAUCUGAUAUUAAAGCUAUUGGGUGCUGCUAGUGGUUCCUCAAAUGGCUGCUGUCCUUGCAUUAAUUUGGGCUUUGCGUUGCAAGAGGAAAUUCCAACUCCCAGUGGAAAAAAAACAGCUGCAGAGCGACUCUUUAUACUGUAUCUGCUUUUAUGAAUUUGUCCUUAGUUACAGGGUUGCUGUUCAAGCAGACCCUUUUCUUAUGUGAAGAAUAGGAACCUGCCUGCCUUUAGUACAAUAAUCAGAGCUUCGUUUUUAAACCAUCGUGGUGAUUCAGUGGGUCAUAGGACUACGGAGGGGAAACUGUGCUUGUAAAAGCUAGAGUGUCUUUGCAGAUGGUGUCAAAGAGCUAGGAGGCCUUGAUACAAGUACAGUUACAAAGGCUUUAGAGAAAUGUACUACCUGGUCAGUUUUCCUCCUGACUGAAGCUCUGAAGCGUUAACCCAGGCAGUGAUUCAACAUGAGAGAGGUUCCCUAUCAUCCCACUCCUACAUUUUUUGGGGUAGGGGAAGGCAAUGGUGGUAAAUGAUCCACUCAAGUUUCUGCAUUUGGCUGUUAAAGAAGCAGAGAGCAUCCUGGGUUUGUGAAGCAGCUGCCAUCUAUCUAUAACACUGGAAGGGCAAGGAAAUCAUGAGCCUGUGAAGGAAAGCCAUCAUAAUAAGAAUUAGGAAGCUCUACAAACUUGAAUGUGUAUGCGGGUGGUGCUGUGGGUUAAACCACAGAGCCUAGGACUUGCCGAUCAGAAGGUCGGCAGUUCAAAUCCCCACGACGGGGUGAGCUCCUGUUGCUCGGUCCCUGCUCCUGCCAAUCUAGCAGUUCAAAAGCACGUUAAAGUGCAAGUAGAUAAAUAGGUACCACUCCACCAGGAAGGUAAACAGCGUUUCCGUGCACUGCUCUGGUUCGCCAGAAGCGGCUUAGUCAUGCUGGCCACAUGACCCGGAAGCUGUACGCCGGCUCCCUCGGCCAAUAAAGUGAGAUGAGUGCCGCAGCCCCAGAGUUGGCCAUGACUGGACCUAAUGGUCAGGGGUCCCUUUUCCUUUACCUUACAAACUUGAAUGUAGUGUGUACUUGAUCCUUAUAUCUUGGAAAUGAAGGACUGCUUGAUGCCUACAUAUUUGUUAUCAGGAGCUGUGUUGGCUUUGCUAACAGGCAUUUGAUGGCGGUUGGUCUGUAUCAUACAAUCUGGGGACACCAGAGUUGGAAUAAUGGGGCGAUAAUCUUACCUUGGCUUCAGACUAGCCUUGCGAUACUGUAAGGAAUAGAGAAGUAGAAUUAAUCUGCAGUUUCACUGAAGAAGCUGGUUUUGACUGGGUUGAGAUUCAUAUUUCAACAACAGAUCAGUAUGCUAGGUAAUAAGGAAAAAAUAUAUUUGUACACAUCAGAGAAAGCUUGAAGACUGUAGGGCAUGACUGAUUAAAAAGUAUUGUACUGACUAGAGCCAAACCGUUUGAGAAUAAUCAAUGUAAGGGUGAGAGCUUUGACCCCUGGCAUGAAGACAUUGCAUGGAUAGAUCUCAAAGAGGGCACCAAUUUCUUUCCUAGAUUCAGAAGGCCAGUCCCAUCCUCUUGACAGAUCUGCUUGUGUCUCCAUCUCUCAGAAACCAGAAGGCUCUACAGUGGUCAUUGUUCCUUAUACUGGAUGUUUCUUUAUCAAAAAGGUAGUAACUUGACCCUUUGCUGGGACAUAGAGGGUUGCUAUAAAGGACUAUAUAGACAAAUAUUUCCAGUCACACUAGGAUCAGUUGUGAGUCACUGAAAUAAGUUACAUUAAUUGGGUGGAUGUAUGAAGGAUCCUCAUACCAGGUUACUCAUGAAUGAAUUCCUCAACAGUCUCUUGCAUCAUGAAUCGUGCGGAAUGGGCUUUUAUAAUUGCAUAGUAGAAAACUGUUGUCUUCUAAUAAGCGUGCAAGUUAUGGGAGUAAUCUCUGUCUCCAAACAUGCCUUGCCUUGUCUGUUAAUACAGAACAGCUACUUCUUAAUGACUCUCAGGAUUGAAGGACUGGAAGCGGUUAGCAAAGUGCUUCUUUAUGAAGAGGACCUGAAAUGCCCAACCCAUUUGCCAGGUAUAGCAACUUUGGAAUCUAAACUUGUAGAAUCUAAAUGUCACCCCAAAUUACCUGGCAGAAAGAAGCAAAGGUAAAGUCCAUUAUUGGUUGAGAAUAGGACAUCAGGUGGGAAAGGGGAAGAGGGCACCCUGUGUCAAUACAGAAUUGCAGGUUAUGAUAAAUUCUGUUGUGUCUUGUAAGGGAGGGAAAUAUGGCUUUUCAUCCACCAUAAAUCCCUCCCAUGAUUCUUCUAAAUGUGGAUUUGGAGCAUUCCAAAAUGCUGACUACCAUAUUUGCAAUGAUGUAGGACAGGCUAAAGGCAGUAUUUCAACAAUAGCAGAAAUGUGUUCCUAGGAUGAGUGGGAUGAUGUAACAACAAACCCUAACACUCUGGCCUUCAGCGUUAGAUGUUCCAAGCAGCAGCGUAUGCCAGGGAGUGCAGAGACAAGACCGCCUUCCCUGUGCCACUCAACCUGUGUCCCAGGGAGAAUGUGAAGAGAGAGGCUGCUGUUAUACCACUGAAGAUCAUCGUGUUCCUUGUUACUAUGGCAAUACAGGUAGGCUGGGCAUUCUUAAAAAAAAAAAAGACACCUGCACUAGAAGUGUACUUUAGGCAUAUUUUGAGGUUCUGAUUUGAGAACAAAACACUUCGUUCCAGAGAAGUCAAGGGAAACUGAAUUUCCAGUCUAAACAACUUUCAUCCUAGCUGCACAAAUCCAUAUUUUGCAAGGCAAUGUCUAAUUAAGCAACUCUUCUCCCUUGCUUAUAUGGAGAGAAGGGGAAGAACCAUAGAAGUGAAGCAGGCUCAAGGAAAUCUAGUUAUGUGGUAAGCAUUUUUUUUAAAAAAUCCACAUUUUAAAAGGUGCACCUUGGAAUUUGCUGGAAUUGGAUGUUUUCUUUACCGUGGCCGUGGUAUCUCCUAUGGCUGAAAUGGUUGCCUUCCAUAUGGAGCCAGGUGGCAACAAAAAGAAGGAUGGUUAAUUCUAGAAACCAUGAGAAGUAUGUGGUGGAAUUCCAUGCUAAUGCUUUUGGCUUUCAUUUUUCAGUGACUACACACUGCACUCCAGAUGGCUACUUCUCAAUUGCAGUGUCCAGGGAUGUGACUCUGCCAUCAUUAAUUCUGGACUCUGUGCAUCUUGUCAGUGGAUAUGGCAGUGGUUGUGUUCCUGUGACAAAGAACGGUGCCUUUGUCCUCUACAAAUUCCCACUCUCUUCCUGCGGAACUACUUUUCUGGUAGGAAUCCAAUACAAAACCACCUGCCUUGAAAGCUCCUGAUUUAAGCAACCAGCUUGCAAACUCACUUACACUGCAUCAGACCAUUGGGCCAUCCAGCUCAGCAUAGGUGCCAACUCGCUUGGGCCCUGGGUGCCCGAGCACCCAAAGAAUUCCCCAUGAAGGGGCUGGGCACCCACAAAUUUUGGUGCACGCUGCAUGGCACCCACAGCCCCGGGCACCCAUAGUUACGGGGCUAAGUUGGCACUUUUGUAGCUCAGUAUCAUUUACAUGGACAGGCAGCAACUCUCCAAGGUUUCAGGUUGGGGACAUUUCCAGCCCUACCUGGAGAUGCAGGGGAUUGAACCUGGGACCUUCUGUGUGCAAAGUCACUACUGAGCUAUAACCCUUCUCUUUGACUGCACCACACUAUUAUACCUGGAUGAAAUAUUCUGGUUUUAGGUAAGUCUGGGGUCAACAAAAGGAGCCUCUUGCAUGGCCAUUCCAUAGCUGAAAUCCCCAGGCAUAGUGGGAAGAGAUGCACAGAAAAGCAUAGGCUACUAUGGACUGUGUUAAUAAAGUCCUUGUAAAUCCAUGCAUACGCCCUCUGAUCUGAAAAUGUACAGGGGUUAGGGGAGACAGGAACUGGGCAAGGUACUGAGGAAAGUAGGAUGCGGGUGGCGCUGUGGGUUAAACCACAGAGCCUAGGACUUGCCAAAGGUCGGUGGUUCGAAUCCCUGCAACAGGGCGAGUUCCCGUUGCUUGGUCCCUGCUCCUGCCAACCUAGCAGUUCGAAAGCACGUCAAAGUGCAAGAAGACAAAUAGGUACCGCUCCGGCAGAAAGGUAAAUGGCCUUUCCGUGCACUGCUCUGGUUCACCAGAAGCAGCUUAGUCAUGCUGGGCACAUGACCUAGAAGCUGUAUGCUGGCUCCUUUGGCCAAUAAAGCGAGAUGAGCGCCGCAACCCCAGAGUCGGCCACGACUGGACCUAAUGGUCAGGGGUCCCUUUACCUUUACCUUUUUACUGAGGAAAGUAAUCUGCUAGAUGACCAAAUUGGUUCAUAUGGGCAGAGGUGAUCCUUGAGGUACCAUGGUCCUGAACCAUUUUAAAGCUUUCUAGGUCAAAAUCAACACUUUGAAUUGGACCCACAAAUGCAUUGGCUGCCAGUACAAUUGAGCCGGGAUCAGUGCAAUAUGCUCAGACAGUCUUCUCUGGUGAGCAACCUGGCCACUGAAUUCUGCACUAGCUGAAGUUUCCAAACCGUCUUGAGAGGCAGCCCUAGGUAUAACACAUCACAGCAAUCUAACCAAAAGGUUACCGGGGCAUAGACAUCAGAAGUUAGACUAUCCCUACCCAGAUAGGGGCACGGCUGGGCCACCAGCCAAAGCUGAUGGAAGCACUCUGUGCCACCAAACCACCUGAGCCCAAUCUGUAUAGGCUCCUUCAGAAGGACUGUAACGUCAUCAAGAGCAGGCAACCUCCCAUCCACAAGGAAGCUCUGAAUUUCUUAAGGCCAGAGAAAGUGAGCAAUUGAUGCAACCCCUCUAAAUUUACAGGUAUUAUCAAGAGUGCACUUUAUGGUUCAGAAAUGUUUGACUCUUCUUAGGUUUCCUUCAUUCUUCUCUGGGUGCAGGAUUGCAGGGCAAAUAAACUGGAUUAAUCCCAACUAAUCUUUAAUGUUUAAAAACAGGGAGCAGGCGAUCAGGGCAUAUAUGCAAAUGAGCUGGUAGCACACCAUGAUGUCAAAAACUGGAACACUGGAUCACUCAUGCAAGAUAGCACCUUCAGGUAAUCGUAAAUGGCACUCACACAUAAUGGCAUCUGGGCACACAGGAAACAACAGUGUUAAGGCUAUUGGUCUAUCUAGCACAUUAUUGUCUGCAUUGCCUGGUAGCAGCUCUCAAGUUUUGAGAUAGGUCCUUCCCUGGAUUGAAUCGGGAGCCUUCUGAUUGCAAAGCCAGAUGCUCUACUACCAAGCUAUGACUCUUCCCCAAUACCUAACUUCUUUAUCUUUGCUCUUCACUAGACUGCAUGUCAGCUGCAGGUAUUCAACAGGGAGCUUCCUCCCACUUAUGGUACAAGUCUUCACCCUGCCGCCUCCACCGUCAAUCACUCAGUUUGGCCCACUCAGCCUCGAGCUUAGAAUUGCUACUAGUAAGUGUCAUCAUGUCAAUGAGAGGAAAAUCUAUGGCUGUCAUAAUUUCUGACACCUCUAUUCUCCACUUCGUGUACUUCUUACUUGCAUGUAUUGUAAAGAAUCGGCUGUUUAGUAGCUGUCUGCAUCCCUCUGCAAUAGUGUGAACAAAGCUUGGAAGCCUAAAACUCAAUCUUCAAACUUUCCCCGAAGACUGAACUGGAACAAAGGGACUUACGGGGAAGUAACUUCACGAGAACAGCAAACUUCCUGCUAAGAGUUGUGCAUGGUGCAAUGUGAUUAUUGUGUCUACUGACUUUCCAAGGAAAAAGACAAUAGAAGGCUGCACAUGAUUCGAACACAUUUUGAUGAUUAGGAGGGAUUAAUUGGGCACGCUGCUAGAUCUUUGUAAGACAGCCACAACAAGAGGCUACAAGCAGGAGUAGGGUGCCUUGGGCCCUGCAAAUGAACUACAACAGGCUUCCUCAACCUCGGCCCUCCAGAUGUUUUGAGACUACAAUUCCCAUCAUCCCAGACCACUGGUCCUGCUAGCUAGGGAUCAUGGGAGUUGUAGGCCAAAAACAACUGGAGGGCUGAGGUUGACGAAGCCUGAACUACAGCAUCCACCAAGUCAGUGAACCAUGGCCAAUUCAUUUCUUCAUAAAAAAUAUCUAUUUUGCUGCAUCAUAAAGCUAUAGCAUAGCUUUAUAAAAACCUUUAAAGCGAUGGUGUUGUGAUCCUUCUCAGUUGGUGGUGUGUAACCAUUUGCAAUAUUUGUAUUCUGCAGACCAACAGUACAGCAAAUACUAUGCUAAUGGGGACUAUCCUGUAGUCAAGCUCCUGAAGGAUUCUGUUUACUUGGAAGUACGGAUCCUGCAGCGGACAGACCCAGACCUUGUCUUGGUUCUUCAUGAGUGCUGGGCCACACCAAGUACUAACCCCCUGCAGAGGCCUCAGUGGCCCAUCUUAAUGAACAGGCAAGACCAUCAAGAUAAGCUAGGAAUUUGAGACUACUGAAGAGCAUUUCACAUAAUGCAGCAUUUUCCUCUCUUACAGGUGUCCAUAUGAAGGAGACAACUACCAGACUCGGUUCAUCCUCGUGGGAGCAGUUUCAGGGCUACAAUUUCCAUCUCACUACCAACGCUUUGUCAUCAGCACUUUCAGCACUGCUUCCCGGCAGGCACUUACUGGACCAGUAAGAGCUCCCCAGUUUCACCAGAGUCCUAGCUUGUGAAAGAGUGAUGCAUGAGAAUAGAUUACUGAAUUAGAUUACGGAAUCAUGAAAUCAUAGAAUUGUAGAGUAGGAAGGGGAUCAUGAGGGUAAUCUAGUCCCAACCCCCUUUGGCCCCACGUGGUUCCAGAAUCCAUGACCUUGAGAUACUCUACUGACUGAGCCAUCUAUCAUGAAUCGUUGAGAAAAUUGGGUUUUUUUAAAUGCUAUUUUUCCAUUUUUCCAUCUUACAAUAUUUCAACAACAAGAAUUAAAUCUAAAGUAAGUCAGUUUACAUUUUCUUUGACUCCCCUCCGUGCUUUGUUCUAUUAUAUCGUAAUCUUACUGCAUAACCAAUUCAAACCUAUUUACAAAUUUAACCUUUUUACUCCCUUUAAGUUAUUUCUUACUGCUCAUGUUUGUCAUUCUUGCUAAUGUUUUAAAUUACAUACAAUUGGUCUUCAUAUAUUCAACAAAUUUUCCCCAGUCUACUAAAAGAAAGUCUCUCACCUUGAUCUCUUAUUCUUCCGGUCCCGCCAUUUCCAUAUUUUCCAUCAAUUUUAUUUGCCAAUCAUCUUUCAUUGGAACUGUUUUUUUCCAUCUUUGGGCAUAUACCAUUCGGGCAGCCAGAGAAAAUUAUUAUGUAUGCACUUGUUAAACAGCAGUGUGUUUUACAGACAUUCACUGUGCAGAAUUUCACAGCUGUGGGCAGAAGCUUGUCCCAAGGAGCUGGGUCCAGACACACAACCUUCCACAAUGUGACUGUUUUUGCUUCUACUGUAUGCAAUAGAGGUAGAGAGUUGCAUUUGGCGUAAGGGUGACAUGCCUUCCUGGGCAACACUUGAGGGCCACAUACCAGUGGGGACUAGAGCAACAAAUGCGACUUUUAUCUCUUCAUACUAUAGGCUGCAUUCCAGCCAUGCAAAACCACAGCGUAACUCUCUAUCCUCCAUCUAUGCAAAGAAGAAGCAUUAACACAGUUGCAGGGCACGUUUUGAGCCAAGCAAAAGCUUUCAGGGAGGGCAUGGAGUAGGGCUGGUGAAGGAUGUGGCCUGAGAGGAAGGAGUCCUGAGAGCCAGAAGGAGGUUUGAGGGUCCCAGCCCAGAUCCUCCAGGACAAGUCAUUUUGUUUUCUUAAUGCAGGACCAUUCCACAGUGAAGGUCCAUCUACUUGUGUUUAAGCAUAGCAAAGUCUGGUUAAAUGCUGUUAACACCAGAUUUGGGUGGGGCAAUUGACUUGGAAUGCACAGUAUGCCUGUUAAAGGAUGUGUGAGUAUAGGUGGGCAGUGUAUAGAACAACCCUCUUAGAUUUGUACUUUUAACAGGCGUGAAUAAGUCUGACUGUCUUUUGCCAGGUUUACUUCCACUGCAGCGCUGCUGCUUGUGUCCCAUCCACUGUGGAAUCCUGCAUGGUUCACUGUCCUAGGAUCAGAGGUAAUGGCUCCCCAGCUAUUCAACUGCCAUUUUGUUUUUCUCUUCCAAAACUGCUAAAAGAGGAUAUAGAAGAAUUUCUUCCUCUUGUAACAAAGAGAGUUGACUUCCCUUGAGCAGUGGCAACCAGUUAGGAACUGUUGGUGCAGAAUAAAUGACCCAAAAAGCAAGCAGGAUCUAGCUCCAUAUUCCAGCCAGGCAAAAACAGUGAGGGGCCAUGGUCUGUAGAGAGUUUAAAGGUCUGAUGGCCACAUUUGGCCCUGGAGCCUGUGGUUCUCCACUCCAAUGCAGAGAGGAGGCUGUGAUGAAUAGACGGUUCUGUACAAAUUUUCAAGGUGCUUUCUGCUAGAUGCAAAACUAAACAAACUUGCAGUGUCGCCUCGAGGAUUUAUGCAUCAGCCGUCCCUAGAUUACUCUUCUGUGGGAGGCCAAUUCAGAUCUUUAUGUGGAAUUUUGUGCAUGAGAUCUGACAAUAUGUGGAAAUGCAUCUAGCGCAGUGUGCUGCUCUGCAGGAGUAACUAGCCGAAUAAGGUGCUGAAUGCUUAUGGCUUCCCAGAAAGCCUAGCGACUGCCUCAAACGCAGCCUUUCAAUGCAAAGCUCCCUUGAGUGCCUCAGUGGUAAUCCUGAGACUGAAAGGAAAGGGGAGACAUGAUCAGCACAAGAGCUGGAACAUCUGUAUUAAUCGCUUGCCUGCUAACUUCUCUUGUCAAAUAGCCAGGAGAUCGCUUGAGAACCAAGCCCUACAGGACACUCCAAGGAGCCUAGUGAUGGCAGAAGGACCUGUAGACUUCCAGAUGGAGAAAGAACAGGACAAUGUUGAACAGAAAGGUGAGAGGGAAGUAGCUAUUGAGAUGGGAAUACUAUUUUUGUGUGUGUGUGUGUGUGUGUGUGUGUGUGUGUGUGUGAGGAGAGAUAAUGAUUGUUGCCAUGAAAUACCAUGAUGAAUUGGGUCCUAUUCUUUUCAUGGGCAUGACUUUGAAACUGUAUUUGUGUGUUGGAGACUUACUAUUCCUAAUAUAGAUCUAAUUUGCCAAAUUCAUAACUGGCUCGGAUGCAUAAAUUUUAAGCUAAGGGUUGUCUACACUGCUGCAUUUUGGGUUUUGUUUUUUUUAAAAUUCCUAUAUUGGUCAUAAAGAGCAAGAACAAAAGCCCUCUAAGCCUUUUCUGAGCAGUAACCUUUCAGUUGCAUGGAUGUGCUUAUGGUUCAAGCUUACACUACGUACCUAAAGAAAUCUGCUCCAUGGAAUACAUAUAUAUAGAUGGGCCCAGAGGGUGUCCUGGUCCUCUGUGGCAUAUGCUUGGCAUGUGUGGGCAAAACGGCUUCUCCUUAGGUAGCCUUGUAAGAAGAAUUUGAAGAAAUAUGGCAGUGGUGGGCAAAUGGUAUAUGGCAAGGUGGAUCGUGUGAAAAUGCUGAUGUACAAAAGUAUUGCAUACACCUCUCUGUUGAGGACUUCGCUGAAUCACAAGAAAACUAGAGUUCUGUGGUUAUUAAUUAGCCGGUUAAUUAAUUAAUUAUCUCUUGCAGGUUCCCAUUGGAGUAGUCCAGUCUUGUCAAAAGAAUGGGAGAGAGCCCUUGUAGUUGCAGUAGGAGCUGUUUUUGUUGCUUUGUCUCUUGUAGGAUUAAGGAAAUACUCGAAAAGGACCAAAAUGUGAAUGGACAGAUGUUUUUUGUUUUGUUUUUUGUUUUAAAUAAAGAAGUGGUGAAUGAUGUCUUUUAUUUGCCUUGUCCUGUAUUGAAGCUCUACACCAGCGCUAGCCAACAAGGAACCUUCCUGAUGAUGUUGAGCUACAGCUCCCAUCAUCCCUGAACCUUGACCAUGGGGGCAGCAAUGUCUAGAAGGCACCUCAUGGUAAAGAGCAGGGGUGGACAAUGUACUUGUCAAGUCUUGCCUUACGUCUCAAUGAUUGCUUGGUUCAAGUUGGAACUGCUAAAACAGUUACCAACAUACACUGUCAAAAUCAAAUGAAGUACAUUGGUACCUUAGUUAUCAAACAACUUGGAACCCAAACACUGCAAACCCGGAAGGAAGUAACUUUUUUCGGAAGCCGAAUGUGCUCUGUUUUCAGUGUUAAGCUUCUGUUUUGAGUGCCAUGCUUCCAUUUUGAGUGUUACACUGAGGUCUGUCUGUUUUUGCUAUUUAUUUUGCCUUUUUGUUUUUGCGGCUUUUUGUUUGGUUUUUGUGACUGUGUUACGUAAAGUCUGGAAUGGAUUAAUCCAUUUUGCAUUACUCUCCAUGGGAAAGCAUGCCUUGGUUUUUGAAUGCUUUGGUUUUGGAACGGACUUCCAGAAUGGAUUAAAUUUGAGAACCAAGGUACCACUGUAUGUGUUUCAUUGCACUGUUUCUGGAUCUAGCGCAGUGAAGUACAAAUAGUGGAAUUAGACAAGGCACUCUUCUGGUAUGUGUUAAAUUGAAGGUAGGUGGAUAGACUGAAAAAGUGUAUUGGUAGCUAAAAUUGUAUAUAACAAAAUAUCCCUUUUUUGAAAAAAAAUGAAUUAUUCAGCAAUUUAUGAGAAAAGAAAUUCUAUUUAAAGAAUGAUCAAAGGAUAAAAUUUUGAAAUACUCAAGUGCUGGGAUGCAGAUUUUCUUUGAACUUCCUUACUUUCAAGGUGGCCAAGGCGUGUUUGUGUCCUAUUCUUCUGGUCUGCUGUGAAUGGGAACAGAAGAGAGAUUUGAUUCUGUUAAAGGUAUCAAAUUUUCACUUUCCAUAACAAUAUGAGAACUGAACCACAGCCGUCCUUCCAAAUUCACACUAUCAGAUUUUUGUGACAAAAUUCUCCAAUGAAAAAAUGUUCGCAAAAAUUCGUGUAUUACAGGAAAUUGCAAGAAUGUGGAUAUUAAUCAAAGAUACCUACAAAAAACAUAUGUAUUGGGAGAAAUCAACACAAAAUCCCACAUUACUGCAGAAAUGUAGAGAACUGAAUUGGGGGGAAAUGGGAAGCUAGGAGAACCAAAAUGGACAGAUGCUUGCGUUUGUAGCUAUAGAUCGUACAAUCUCUGCUCUGCAGCUACUUUCAGUGCCCACAUUUCCUUAAAACUCCAUGGCAAGCCUCUGCUGGGCUGUCUAGUAAGGGCAGGAAGGUAGGGAAGCUGCCUUCUGUGGACUCAGCAGCUCUUUGUCUUUUAGUUUUAAAGAAAUCAAGGAGAAAGUUGUUUUUUGAGAGAGGGAGAAAUGGAAGAGCUUCCCUCUAAUAAGACUAGUGAGUGUACCAAUUUUGGGUGCCCAGUAGCCAGCUUGCAAUGCUUCAACUGAAACUCAGUAGAAGGUAUUAUGCGGUAACUUCUCCCAUAGGGCUGUUUAGGAGAAAUACUUGUGUCUUGUCUUGUAAUUAUUCAUUUUACUUUAGAUGUGGAAUAAAGAAUAUUGGCAUGCUCAGUAUUUGAUUUUGGUAUCAUUUAAGUAUGAAUGUCAUUUGAAAAGAGGCACACAGAACUUACUGGGGUGGCGCUUGGAAACUUUCUAAGAUACAUUACUGGUCUAUCCUAGUGCUAUGGCUUCCCUGGCUCAAAAUGGCAAGCCAGCCCAGCCUGAAUAUUAAAUCCCAAUGAGAUACGCAAUGAGAAUUAGAAAAUAUAUUCAUAAUCUAAGCUUACAUUUAUGCAUGGCACUGUGUUAAAUGUUGCUUGCUCUUAUUAAUUAUUGAAUUUAGACACCAUCCUAUACCCACAGGUCUUUAACCUUCUACAAGCUGCCUUGAAGGUAAAAAUCAUUCAGGUGAAAUCUGGUAUGCAGAUAGCCAGGAGAUGCUCUCUUAGAUGUUGCUGGACUACAACUCCCAUCAUCCAUGCACAUGAGGUAAUGCCGAUAGGCAGUCCUUUUUUUUUUUUUAGAAAAAAGUGCCGGAACUAACUGCCUCAGUCACCAACCCAGAUGCCAAUGCAGACAGCAUCUUGAAACCAACAUUGCAUGACAAGGUGCUAGGCUACACCAUCUUAUAA